AUGGCGGAGGACAGCGGCAGUGACGGCGUCGUGAACAUGUCGAGCUUCGAUGCGCAAAGCGCCCCCCCAUCAGGCCCCGGUGCCGGGGUGAUCGACUUGCAGUUCCAGAACCUCAAGACUGGAGGCUUCAAGGUCUUCCUGCUGUUCUUCUUGCUUGGUCAAGGACGGGCGAAGGACAACGACACCCCCUUCAGCGUCAGGGACACCGAGGAGGGUAUCCGAGUGCUCAUCGGAGACGAGACAAAGAACGACUCUCAGUGGGAAGGGGUGCUGGACCUAUCUUGGGGAGUGGAGCCUCGACCGUUCUUCCGGGUGGACAGAAUCGACGUCAACGAAGUCAUUCCGUACCCCGGAGAGCUUUACAUCCUCAACAAGCUCCUCGACGCCAUCAUCGACGUGAACGGGGAGCAGUCAGUGGAGGACCACCAAAAGCUCUUCAUGUUCCGCGAAGGGGAGCAGAACCAGCUGGCGGAGACGAAAGCGAUGCUCGCGGGCAUGGCGUCUCUGUGAUGACCCCUCGAGACACCGCCCUCAUGUAGCCACAAUGACCUAGGAGAGAGGAGACAGGUGUUAGCUUUCACGCCUACGUACCAGGCGUUUUGCGUGUGUGUCUUCUUGCGUUCUUCUGCUGAUGUUCUCUCCUGGCCUCUCGCGUAAUCAGCGGGGAUGGCAAGACCGGGCGUUACUUAGUUGUGCCUGGGAGGGGCAUCCUGGUGAGGACAUGACGGCAAUGCUGCACAAUACCUUCGAUCGUGAUGGGGUAGUCAUACAAAGGCAGGUCGUUAGUCAGUGUGGCUGCUGUGAUUCCGCGUCAGGAUACACUCGGGAGUUAACCCCACUCUUGGAGUAGUCUUUGAAACCGUACUGGUCCCAUCUGGUAGGCACGUCAUGGUGUCUCGAGUGUUGAUGGUAUUGGCGUAAUACCGGGGAUGUCCUAGGUAGCAUGGGCGACGGCUGCACCGGCUAGUUUCAGUGCCCGCACACACUGCUGUGUCAACGGUGCGGUUUGAGCACAGCAGCAGCUCUCGCGUUGAACUUGGGAUUUUUUGUUUGCAGCAUACGAGUCUAGUGUACAGCAGUAGGUUGGAAUGUCGUUGUUGCGGGCGUGGGGCCUCCGUUUUCCUUUAGAUGGACGACAACGACCGUCACGAUAACGAAUCCAUAAACCAGUUGUAGUGUUGUACUUGUAGUUCAGCGUCGACACGAAUUUUGGUUCCCGUCCGUAACGAUUGACGUUGUCAUCCUCCCGUCGGG